AUGGAGCUACUGCCCCAUGCAGCUAAGCUGGGCUAUUACGCCUGGAAGCCCUUGGUGAUAUGCAAAGUGCUUUCGCAGCUGCAGCCAGGGGAUAUUCUUCUCUUCAUGGAUGCAAACAUCAGGAAGUACAGGGACUACAAAGACGGCCUUGCAGAUUUGCCACACACCUGCAACCAUUUGCUUCAACGUGCCGACAUCUUCGUGCCCUUGGAGGAUGCAGUGUGGAAGCGUAUCAGGAAUCACUGCAAAGCCCUGACUCUGGAGUUGAUGGAUGCUAACACCUUCGAUAUUGCCUAUGCUCCGUGCAUUUGUGUCAAUCGCAUCCUCAUGCGCAAGUCGCCGCUGGUCGAUGAAAUCAUGAAAGACUGGCUGAAAUGGUGUGCCGAGAAGAUGGUUAUAAGCCCUCUGCCAAACCCCUACACUCAUCCACUCUGUCUUUUUCACACACCAGAGCAAUCAAUCUUGGCGAUUCUUUUGCGAAAGCGUGUGCUUUCGGGCGACUUGCCCCAAGGCUGGCCAUUUUACUCUUACACACCUGGCUCCCGCAUAUUUCACCUCGGGUCUUUGGAGGCCUGGCCAAUAUCACUUGCAACUUCGCUGCGCCGAAGGCUCCGCGCAAUGUUCUUCUUCCUUCGGCAUGCAACCUUUGCGUUCGUGUACCCCUUUACGGAUUCCUUCUGGAGCCAAUUUCCUAGGGCGACCGGCACCUAUCUGUUGAAGUUUGCCUGGCGUGGGUUCGCCAUGUGCAUGCUUCCUUUACCGGACAGUUGUUGA